GGCGCGCGGCCACCCGUCCGGCUCCCCAGCGCCCUUUCGCCGUCCUCUGACCCGCUGCCGAGCGCCCGUGCAGCUGGCGGUAUAGGCUCCCCCGGGGCGCACCUGUAGGCUGGGCAGUACGGUCUGUAGUCCCUCUCCUCUCUCGAAUUCCAGGGGUAAACCAUCCGGUGUGGAACAAUUCCCCUGCGGCCUUCCGCUCGCUUGGCUAGAGCCGCCUUUGAACUCCGAAGGCCGAGUCCCCCCCACACUCCGAACCGUGGAGGGCUGGUCUUCCGCCUCUAGCGGGCGUUCGUGCGCCCAGCGCCCUCUUCAUUAUUGAGGUCCCAGGUGUUUUGACUCCGCCGCUGCGCUGCAGUCGGGCUCGUUUCCUCUCAAGGCUUACUCAGGACCUCUAACGCCGGCUGCUUUCCCUCCCCGUCCAGCUAGCCGAAGAUGCCCGCGGGUGUGUCUUGGACGUCUUACCUGAAAAUGUUCGCCGCCAGCCUCCUGGCCAUGUGCGCCGGCGCCGAGGUGGUGCAUAGGUACUACCGACCAGACCUGACAAUACCUGAAAUUCCACCCAAACCUGGAGAACUCAAAACAGAGCUUUUGGGACUGAAAGAAAGACAACAGGAACCUCAAAAUUCAACUCUGCCAAGAACUCUGUGAAUGAGAAUUAAAUAUAUAUUUUUAGAAUUUAA